AUGGUGUCCCCUCCGCGAGAUUGGAAGAAUCGCAGAGCAUCAAAAUGGGUGAAGGCCUCUGACAUGAAUCGUCUCACACACAAAGCACGUGAUCUAUCAGGCGGUUACUUAAAUUCUGAGGGAGCGGUUUCUAGGAAGACCACACUGCUAUCGAGUAAAAAGGACGAGGGUAAUUUUCAUAUCUACAUGGUAAAUGAUAGUGAGACUGAAGUAGUACUCUCUAGUCUGAACAAGCUGCAGAGCGUACAAAAUAAAAUAAAUGCUAAGUUUUUCAGUAUUCUUAGGGAUCAUUGGGAUGAUUUAGUGAAUAUAGGACUGGUCAUGCCUAGCAUUCUGUCUUCUAUUAAUAGGAAGGAAGGGGAAGAUAGACUCAGAAGGCUCUGGUUGAAGAACAAAAAGAUUAUGGAUUAUUUCUCUGUUCAAGACUUGAUCAACAUAUGGGAGAAGAACAUUCAAGCGGCGCAUUACGAACAAUAUCUCUUGCAACUAGCCGAUGCUUUGGUGGGAUAUAAGAUCUACUUCCACCAAUACGGGAGGGAUGCGUAUUUCAAAUCAAUCAUGAGCUACAGCUUUCAAUCAUGA